UGCUCUGAGGUGAUAAUGGGCUGUCAGCACUCCAGUCGCCGCGCUCCCUCCUCCCCAGUGAGCGAUGAAGGGACAGAAGUGGAAAGGGGAGGGGAUGAGAAGAGUGCUGGAAGAGUAAUUUGUUAUGUCGCUAAUUGCAUUGUGUAUUUUAAUUUGGAGGAUGAUACGCCAAACAGUUUUUUUUUUAUUUAUUUAUUUUUUCUCCUCUGUUGCAGUUUGAAACUGGAGUGUGAGAAACUGGCCACAGAGAAGACCGAGAUCCAAAGACACUACGUUAUGUAUUAUGAAAUGUCCUACGGCCUUAACAUUGAAAUGCACAAACAGACAGAGAUUGCCAAGCGGUUGAACGUGAUCUGUGCUCAGCUCAUCCCCUUCCUGUCGCAGGAGCACCAGCAGCAGGUGGUCCAGGCCAUGGAGCGCGCCAAACAGGUGACCAUGGGGGAGCUAAAUGCUUCGAUAGGGGUACGUGGGCUCCCCCCUCUGCCUCAUAGCCAGCUUCAGGCUCAGCACAUCUCCCAGCAUGCCCAGGGCUUGCCAGUCGGCCCACACCCAUCAGGACUGCCCCACCCCAGCCUGGCGCUCGGCGGGGGCUCCGGCCUGCUCGCCCUGUCCGGGGCUUUGGGGGCCCAGCUUGCAGCCAAAGAUGAGAGGGCGCACCUCGAGGCGGCGGCGGCGGCGUCCGCCGCUGCAGCCGAGCACCACAGAGACCGGGAAGCCGGACCAAGCUCCCUGUCCAACGGGGAUAAGGGUCGCCCAACAGACUACCUCAGCAACGGCAAGAAGAGGAAAGCCGAGGAGAAGGAGUUCAUGACAGACUAUGGCAGCGAUGCGGAUAAGAGCGACGAUAAUUUGGUGGUGGAUGAGGACCCAUCCUCCCCCCGCAGCGUGCAGUCCUACUCGUCGAGGGAGAACGGUUUAGACAAGAUCCCCCCGUCCCGUAAGGAGGGGCCCCCACAGGCCAGCCCCACCUCCCUGGCAUCAUCAAGCAGCGCUACCUCGCCCUCUCGAGGCAAAGAGCCCCCACAGAGAGAGAAGUCUAGCACUCCCGGUAUGAAGCCAGGGACCCCCAUGUCUCAGGAGUCCAACACCCCAGGACCAAGCGGCCCGCCACAGUUCAGACCUGGGCCAGGAAAGCCCGGCGUCGACCCGCUCGCUCUGGGCCUGAGGAAUCCCCUCGCGGUGCAGGGGGCGUACCCUCCGGGGGCUUUCGGCCUGCCUCCCCCAGGGGUGAACGGAGAUCUGCCCGGGGCGGCGGGCUACGGCGCCGGCCUCCACUUGGUCUCCCCUCAGAUGAACGGAGCCGCGGCUGCAGCGGCGGCGGCGGCUGCUGCAGGCUACGGACGGUCCCCUGUGGUGGGCUAUGAGUCUCCACACCCACAUAUGAGGGUCCCUGGGCUUUCUGCCAGCCUGCAGUCUGCCUCGGGAAAACCCGCCUACUCGUUCCACGUGAGCGCCGAUGGCCAGAUGCAGCCGGUGCCGUUCCCCCCCGACGCCCUCCUGGGCCCGGGGAUCCCGCGCCACGCCCGCCAGAUCCACACGCUGAGCCACGGGGAGGUGGUGUGCGCCGUCACAAUCAGCACCUCCACACGCCACGUCUACACCGGAGGCAAGGGCUGCGUCAAGGUGUGGGACAUCAGCCAGCCGGGAAGCAAGAGCCCCAUGGCCCAGCUGGACUGUCUGAACAGGGAUAACUACAUCCGCUCCUGCAAGCUGCUGUCGGACGGCCGGACCCUGAUCGUGGGAGGCGAGGCCAGCACGCUGUCCAUCUGGGACCUGGCCACGCCCACGCCCCGCAUCAAGGCGGAGCUGACGUCGUCCGCGCCGGCCUGCUACGCCCUGGCCAUCUCCCCCGACAACAAGGUCUGCUUCUCCUGCUGCAGCGACGGCAACAUCGUCGUCUGGGACCUGCACAACCAGACGCUGGUCAGGCAGUUCCAGGGCCACACAGACGGAGCGAGCUGCAUCGACAUCUCCAACGACGGCACCAAGCUCUGGACCGGAGGGCUGGACAACACGGUCCGCUGCUGGGACCUCCGAGAGGGCCGGCAGCUGCAGCAGCAUGACUUCACCUCACAGAUCUUCUCCCUGGGCUACUGUCCCACGGGCGAGUGGCUGGCCGUGGGGAUGGAGAGCAGCAACGUGGAAGUCCUGCACGUCUCCAAGCCCGACAAGUACCAGCUGCACCUCCACGAGAGCUGCGUCCUCUCCCUCAAGUUCGCCUACUGCGGUAAAUGGUUCGUGAGCACAGGGAAAGAUAACCUGCUGAACGCGUGGCGGACACCCUACGGAUCCAGCAUAUUCCAGUCUAAGGAGUCGUCGUCCGUCCUCAGCUGCGACAUCUCACCCGACGACCAGUUCAUCGUCACCGGCUCCGGGGACAAGAAGGCCACGGUCUAUGAAGUCAUCUACUGAUCUCUGAUCGGCUCCUCUCUGAAAACUAGCGAUCCCGAGGGCCACGCUGAGGCCCCCUUCCUCAACCAGUGACUGUACAGGGUGUCGGCGGCGGGUGGGAAGCAAGAGACACUCAAGUCGUACUUCGUCGUUUUGUUCGCAUUUGUGAGAAAUGAGCGAGAGAGAGAGAGAGAAGCGGGGAGACACAAAGUCCCGUCUCUGGAAAACAAACGUUGGUGUUAAAUGCUCUGAGAAAGCUGGUUAGUCUGUAGCUGCGCUGAUGUGGGAUUCCUCCAAAGAACUUUUUCUUUUUCUUCUUUUUUUUUCAAACAAAAUAAAACCUCUGUAGUGCAAAAGAGCUUAGAAGAAAACGUUUCUUUUUUUACCUUUUUGGAUUAAUUGAAAAGCAGUUGAACUGAUUUGAACGGCGGAGGUUUAAUUGGAGCUGUCCUGACGCUGUGCUGUGCUGUGCAGGUCCAAGCCCGGCCCCGUUCGGCCUCGCUCUGGGUUCUGCUCGGCACGCAGCGAACCCCUCCUGCUUGGCAGAUGCGGGCUGGGCAUUCUACUGAGGUUCCAGAUGCUCUUGUUGUCCCUUCUUUUUUUAAUUCCAGCAUCAUGAUUGUAACAUUUUUUUGUGCGUACGUGACAGAAACAGGGCUUAGUUGGUUUCCACUGAAAUGGCCAGAGAAUUAGACUAUUUUCAUUUGCUUAGAAAUGGGGGUGGGGUGGGGGGACCAACCUCAAACACAGGAAAAAAAAAACCUCUGAAGUCAGUUCAAACACGUUCUCUUGUAUUUCCGGAUAAACACAUCCUCUUGAACUCAGUAUUUCAUGUUCCUCUGUCGUAUUUGUUAGGGCACAUGCAGACGGACCGACUGGUAUUUUCAUAAGCACCACCCUGAACCUGGCUAUAUAUGAACAUGUAAAUAAAGGUCUCUAAACGCAAACAAGACUGUCA